CAUGGAAAACUGGGAAGCGAAAGAAACAGAAGCAAAGAAAACAUCAAACUCUGUCUGAAGUACCGGACACUGAAUACCGCAGGAAAUUAUGCAUAUGCAUACUAUCCAUACCACGUUAACACUAAUCAAAUCGGACAUGCCACUAAUUGACCAUGUACUAACCUAAACAGCAAAUAGCGUGCUACAAGGUAGUAUCGGAUUAACGGCCGCCCAGCAGAUCCCUCGUGCGCCCACGCUAGCCAAAACAAAUUUCGAGGUUGGGAUCAUCGGCCAAACGCAGGGUCCUCCCCACUCUACUAUGGUGAAAUCUUUUCAUGCCAAACCACAGCGGCUACAGGCAUUAAAUACUCUACCAGGUCUUCUUACGCGUACGGUACAUCUGAUGUAUCUUCACUUCUCCUCGGCAGCAUCCACGCCUUAAUCGGCAGUCCCAGUGCCGUGCGGACCCUGUCAAGUCAUGCCAUCCACUUUGUUGUGCCCCUCCCGGAUAGCCGACCUCCAAGGAAUUCCAACCUGAUGGAUCACCCUUGGCGGCUCCAUCCGACCAGGCUUUAAUGGAUGGCAAAAUCAACGAGUGCACACCGCACAAUAAAACUCUGAGAUCUUGUGAGCAUCGAGUCUGACCUCGUGGAUAGUCUUGAUACAAACAUGACCAUGCUAUGGCUUGCAGUCUACUACUGGCAGUACAUCUGCGAGGAGGUUGAGUAUUUGCAGUAAUAUAUUCUUCUUUGCCUAUCCGUCACACUGCCGGCCGCGAACCUGUUUUCGAUAUCAGACUGGACGCUACCUUACUCGCACCAAAGCCGAAAUUGUAAUGCCAAGGAAAGGGUCUUGCUUUGUGGAACGCCCGGACACCCCUGACUCUCAGUCUGCGGGGGACAAUGAGUGCCGCGUCAGACAGCUGAUCCAUUCACUACCCUUACUUAAAAUUCCCGCUCCCCAUACAGUAAUUGGAAGAUUCAUAUCUAGCCUGAGACCUUGAAGAAGCAAUCCGACAGACGUCGACUCCAAAAAAAAAAGCUACAUUACAACGACCGUAGCAUCUCCCGGCGAUUAUAGGCGGCGGUCGCCGGUUAACGGGAACUAGCGAGGACUCUUACCGACUGGGAAUCCCUGCGCCGAGCUCUGCGCGACGAGCGGCCGGCUGCUGCUGAUAUCGCAGAGCGAUGGGGCACCACGUGCGGAUGCGGCGAUUGUACACGAUUUUCGCCGCGUCCGCCGUAGUCGCCACCAGCUUCUUCUCUUCCGUCCUCGCCGCCGAGUGCGAUCGAUCCCUCAAUUUCGAAAACCAGGCCGACGUUGACCAGGCCAACUGCUCAAGCGUCACAGGGGAUGUGGUCAUACCUUCGACGGCGACUGGGGUUAUCACAUUCAACGACCUCUUGCAUAUACAGGGGGAAUUGCGAGUGGAUAGUUGCAAAGGAGAUGGAUGUUCGUUGGUUGGGAUUUCGAGCAAGAAUCUAACGACAAUAGGCGGGAGACUGUACAUGGAAGGGGUGCCCAGCUUACAGUCUGUGACGUUGCCCGGCUUGCGUAAGGUUAGAGGUGCCUUGCAUCUUCUCGACCUUCCGUCGCUCAACGAGCUCAACCUAGUCAGCAUCAAUAAUGUGGGCAGCUUCCACUUGGUCAAUGCACCCAAGCUCCUCCAAGCCAAGAUAGGGGUUGCUCGCGGAAUCAGCACGGAUCCCGAUGUUGGACUGAAGAAUAUAACAGGAGAGGCAACAGGGGCCGGCGAGGCAGAGGUAGAAGUCCGCAAUGUCGGGCUGUCGAGUCUGAACGGGCUUAUCGACUUUUGGGACGCCAAGAAGCUCACCAUUGAGAACCUGCCCAACCUCCACCGCCAGACCUUCCGAGUUCGCAACGUGGAAGAAAUGCGCGUGGUUGGCAACGACAACAUGACGCUUUACUUUUGGGAACAGGACCUUAUGGAUGGGACGCCCGGUCCCAACAUCACCCGUUUGCACGUCAGCGGGAUCCGCCACAUAUCGCCAUGUCUUCACCCAGUCGUCCACGAGCUCGUAGCCGACAACAACCCGCGUCUUGAGUAUCUGCACUUUAACUUUGAGAAGCUCGCUCGACUAGACGUACAUGACAAUCCGAACCUCAAAAAGAUGGUGAGCUGGGCCAAGCUCAAUAGGUUCUGGACGGAUAUACAUAUACACGACAACCCUCAGCUGAGGCUGAGUCAGUUCCCAGACCGUGCACCCGACGAUAACCUGACGGCUUACGACUGUCCGGCUUUUUAUAAUGCCUUCAGAGACCAAUGGGCAUGGUUUCCGAAUGUCUUUAAUAAUGUUGUCAUCUCGGCCGACAUUGACAACACUUUUUUUAACGCAACAUGGACAAGCCUCUAUCUCAACUCUUCUGGCCCUGGCACAACAAAGCCCAAGGUUAUGGACGCGUUUGUGGUCAAGUCGUCCAACAAUACAUUCAACUGUGAAGACCUCAACUUGCUACGGACGGAGAAAGGAGCGUUUCCGGGCACGUAUUCUUGCCAAGGCGAAACGUUGCCGGCAGGCUUGGGCGUAAGUCUAGAGAUACCAAUAAGGGUGGCUCUUGUCAGUGCUGCUUCGAUUGGUGCCCUGCUCUUGUAGACACUACUGAGCUUCAUUUUCUUCAACAUUUCUUGCCAUCAUGCGACUGCGCAAUGUAAAAAAAAACUUCAUGGGACUACGGAGUACGGAAAAAUCAGGUAUAUAUGGUUUAUUGUUUUCUGUAUACAUAUAAUGAGAUGAGCAAUGCAAAGAAACGUUCUCUUAGCCAGGCGGACGCUGGGAUACAAUCCAGUCAACUUGCCCGGUUUUCCAAUUCAUUCUUAUUCUAGAACCUUAGGCAUCGAGGCUAGGGUGCGCAUUCUCAACAAGCAUCCUAAAGUACUCCUCGAACCAAGCCCCAGCACGAGUGGCGCCCUCCAUUCCACACUCGCCGUCAGAUUCACCACCAGGCUUGACCCAGACGAUGCUGUCGACGUGAGGGUUCUCGACGGGCGUACCUGGGGCGAUUCCGAAACCAGCAGGCUCAACGUUGCACCACUCUCCCCACUCUUUACGAGCGCCUGGCAGGUGGACGCGGCCCUGGUCGAUGAGGAAGCGGGACGGCAGACCCUCGGCCUCGAGGUGAGGGGCCAGCGACAGGGCGUAGUGAGACUCGUCGUACGAGUUGGACCACUCGGUGUAGGGCUCGAGCGGCUCGGGCAUGAUGAAGGGGUUGUAGUUUGACACGUUGGUCACGACUCCACGAACCGUCGAGUUUCCCCCCGCCAUGCCGACCACCUUGGCGAACUCCUUGGCCGUCGGCGCCAGGUUGUCAUCCCACCCGAGCCAGCCGCCGUGAGCGGCGUCCAGGUACAGGUGCACGUGGUCAAACUGCAACGACCUGAUGGCGUGCGCGAUGCCCUCCUCGUAGACUGGAGCCGCCUGUGCGCAAAACUCGAUGCCCAUGUUGGUGACGAGGUUCGCCAGCGAGUCGGGCUCCAGCACCACGGCAAAGGUGAGGUCGGUGGCGGCGGCGAGCUUCUCGGCAAAGGGGGCGACGUACGUCUCCUUGUACAGCCGCAGGCCGUCCUUGGUCGAGUCCAGCUCGCCCGCCGACUCGCCGGCGCUGCAGUCCCGGUCGGGCAGGUUGUAGUGCACGAGGCCGACGAUCUGGUCCUCUCCCGUGGCCUCCUUGGCGGCCCGGGCCCCCUCGAUGGCCGCGUCGAUGUUGGGCAGCGAUGCGAUGUUGGACACCCAGACGAAGCUGCCCGUCUGCUGAACCUUGCGCACGCGCGCCGCGUUGCCCGCGUCGCCGACGGACUCGUAGUGCGCCAGCGCCGGCUCGGCCUUUUCCGCCCACUCCGGGUUCGCAAACAGCUUCUUGCCCUCGAACGGGUUGGCGCCUUCUUGCCGCCGCAUCAUCUGCCGCGGGGGUGACGACGCGCGGUUGCGCGGCAUGGCGCUGACGCCGGCGGUGGCCGUCAGGCCCAGCAGGACCGAGGAGAAGAGCAUGGUUGGGAUGUUGGGGUUUGGAGUAUUUUUUUGGUGGAAGAGAAAGCGGGCAAGUGAAGGAGGUGCUUGCUUGCUGGUGAGGUUGCUGAUGCUUCUGGUUGUUUGGCAAGGUGAAGUAGCAGUCAUUUUUAUACUCGAAAAAAAAGUCGACCUCCUAGUUCUCCA